AAAAGUCAAAAUCAAAAAGCGGUUGAUUUUGUUGUGAACGCCAAAUGCUCGGAAAAGUUUUUUUUACGAUUUUGUGUUAAAUAUUGUUGCCAAAAACUAAUUGAAUUUUAAUCUUUCAAGUGAAGAAGUUAAAUAAAAAAUGGUUUCGACGGAAAACAUCGAAAAAGUGUUCCUGCUGGAAACGGACCGCGUCAAAAGCUUCAAGAAAUGGCCCUACUCUGGGACCAGUUCCUGCAGCAUUCAAAAGAUGGCCGAAGCGGGCUUCUACUGGAACGGCAACGACAACGAGGAGGACACGGCCGCCUGCUUCGUGUGCGGGAAGGUCCUCGACGGGUGGGAGGAAACGGACGCACCCUGGGAGGAGCACAAGAAGCACGCCCCCCAGUGUCCGUUCGUGAAGUUUGGCCGGCCCGAGGCGGAACUGACGGUGGAGGAGAUGAUCGACCUGCUGGAGGCGAUCAUGAAGGCGCGCCUCCAAAAUGGGUACAACACGAUGAAGGACGGGCUGAAGGCGUGCAUCGAGAAGAAGCGGAAAGAAAUGCUGAAGCAGCUGGGCAAGAAUUAAUUCUAGAGGGGAAUUUAUUGCGGGCAUUAUUCUCUUGAUUGGGGAAGAAGAGAGAAUCGUUCUGCGUGUAUUUGUAUAGAAAUAGGAUAUUUCGAUUUAAAUCAAGCUUUUUUAAAUACUUAAACAAGUGAGUGUUCACUCUAUUUUGAAAGAAAUUACCUUCAAGAUCCAGGGAACAACUUUAUUGAACA